AUGGCACACAUCUUAGUCUUCCCCUACCCAUCGGCGAGCCACAUGAUGCCUCUCCUUGAACUAACCCACAAACUAGCCACCCGUGGUCUAACCAUCACCAUACUAGUCCCCCCACAAAACCUCCCUCUCCUAGACCCAAUUCUCUCCAAACACCCCAAUUCCAUCCAGACCCUAGUCCUUCCUUUCCCUUCCCACCCUUCCCAUUCCGUCGGCCUCGAGAGCGCCAAAGGACAACCCCCGAACGCCGUCCGUGUCGUCAUGCGCGCCACAACUGACCUCCACCAUCCCAUCCUCCAAUGGUUCCAAAACCACCGCUCACCACCUGUAGCAAUCUUGUCCGACAAGUUCCUAGGGUGGACCCACAACCUCGCUUGCCAGCUCAACAUCAAACGGUUCGCGUUCUCUCCGGUUAGUGCGAUCGCCGUAUCCCUCGUUUAUUCCGUGUGGCGCGACCUACCCAAGCGAGAUGACCCAAAUGAUCACAAUUGUCCGAUUUCUUUCCCUAAGAUUCCGAAUUUCCAAGUUUACCCAUGGUGGCAGCUCUCUGCUUUCUACCGUAGCUACGUGGAAAGAGACCCAGAUUCAGAAAUUGUCAAAGAUGCGAUUUAUGGUGAUAUAGCCAGUUAUGGUCUUGUGAUCAACACUUCUCACGAAUUGGAAAUGGAUUAUUUGGAUCAUUUAAAGGAGGUAUUGGGUCAUAAUCGGGUCUGGGCUGUUGGGCCGUUACUUUCUCCUGAUGAGGAUAAGGCUGACCCAGGGCCCACGAAGGGAGAUGGGUCCAAAACGGGUUCGGCCAGAGAUGUGUUGUCGUGGCUUGACACGUGUGAUGAUCACACGGUGGUGUACGUGUGCUUUGGGAGUAAGACAGUUUUGAAAAAUGAGCAGAUAGAGGGGCUAGCGUUGGGGUUGGAGAAGAGUGGGGCCCAUUUCAUAUGGUGCGUUAACGAGCCAAAGAAGGGACACGUGGAAGGAGGUUAUUGCGCAGUCCCGAGUGGGUUUGAAGAUCGUGUGGCUGGGAAGGGGUUUAUCAUAAGGGGGUGGGCUGCACAAAGGUCAAUACUAAGUCAUCGAGCUGUGGGCGCGUUCUUGACUCACUGUGGUUGGAUCUCGACUCUUGAGGGACUGGUGUCUGGAGUGCCAUUGCUAGCUUGGCCCAUGGCAGCUGAGCAAUUCUUCAAUGCAAAAUUACUUGUGGAUGAGUUAAAGGUGGCAAUUAUAGUGUGUGAAGGUGCACAAACUAUUCCAGACUCGGCCGUUCUAGCUCGAGCGGUGGCUGAGUUGGUGGGUGAGAAUCGAGUCGAGAGGGCACGAGCAGUAGAGUUGAGUAAAGCAAUCGUAGAUACUAUCAAAGAAGGCGGGACCUCAUUCAAAGAUGUUGAUGAAUUGGUUAUGCAUAUAUCCAACUAG